UGUGUCCUCUGUUAUCCUUUUUCACUGUAAUUUUUUCUAGAUCUGAAAGGUUGUGACAAAACGAUUUGUCUUCUUCGUUCUACUUCUGUUCACCUUUUCUUCAACACGUGAACUAAAUGAUUCACGUUACCUUUAUGAGGUGCUGAAUCAAGUCAAGGCAAGGAAGAAAUUAAUCCAAUUGCUACGAUAAAACAAGAGUUUCCAUGAAUUGAAAUUGAGAAAUUGUGAGUCUAAGAUGGUGAAAUUCUAAUUACUGGUAAUAAUUAAGAUAUACAAUUCGUGUUGCUUUGUAUGAUGGGAUUGAACCAGAAUGAGUUUUGAGUUACCGUUUGUCGCUCUAUAGAAAAUUCAAUUGGGGACUGUUUCGAGAAGAAUAAGGAUGUUGGGCUUGAUUUGAUAGAGAUAAGUGAAGGCUGAAUUUGACGAGGAUUUGGGAUUUGCUGUUAAUGGUUCGAUAAAGAUUCAGAUGGGUUAGUGGAGUUGGUAAUACAUGGUAUGGAAAAUGUUAUUGCCAUUAAUGAUUAUGAGUUUUUGAAGGUGGUGAUGCGGCUGCUGUUACAGGGAAUGAUGAAAUGAUAUUGUUGAAUUUUCAAAUAGAUGUAUGUUAGGAAUGAUACAGGGAAGAAGAAAGUGGCCUGGAAUCGGUUUUUAUAAAGUGGGUUUGUGGUUAUCUGAUUUACUGUUGGUGGUGUUCAUCUCUUCUUCUUCUCCUUCUUCUUGUAUGCGGGUUUCGAAAGAAUUAAGAGGCAAUGCGAAGUAAUUGUCGAGGCUUGAGAUGAGCUACACGGAUGUUGUGGAAUUGUCAAGUGAUGAUGAGACGGAAGACCCAAAAGUGAAGUAUGUUAAACAGGAGACAAAGCUACCAGGUAAUGUGCUGUUGAAGAAGCAGAUUAAAUCUGAAAAGUUUCCUCUGCAGAAUGGACAUGUGAAUUCUGUGAACGGGACUCAAAGUAGCUCUAGUGCCUUGAAUCAAGGGAAUCACACGGCUAUUGGUGGCCCAACAUAUGCAUCUUCUUUGCCUCCUGCUCCACUUACUCGUCAAUUCUGGAAAGCUGGGACCUAUACGGACGAACAACCUUCUGAAUCUGCCACCCAAAAUGGGCAAAAUCAUUUGCGAGUUCAUCCCAAGUUUCUUCACUCAAAUGCUACUUCACACAAGUGGGCUUUUGGUGCCGUUGCCGAGCUGCUUGACAAUGCUGUCGAUGAGAUUCAAAAUGGAGCUACCUUUGUCAUGGUAGAUAAAAUUCAAACGCCUCAUGAUGGAAGUCCAGCUUUGCUAAUCCAAGAUGAUGGAGGUGGUAUGGACCCUGAAGCAAUGCGACACUGUAUGAGCUUUGGAUUCUCGGAUAAGAAAUCAAAUCUUGCCAUUGGACAAUAUGGAAAUGGGUUCAAGACAAGCACGAUGAGGCUUGGGGCAGAUGUGAUAGUAUUUAGCCGCCGCCAAGAGCAGAGGUCAUUUACUCAAAGUGUUGGUCUCCUUUCUUACACCUUUUUGAGACAAACAGGUCAUGACAGAAUAGUUGUUCCUAUGGUGGAUUUUGAGUAUAACACAUCAAUUCGCGAAUUUAAAAACCUAUUACGUUCUACGGAGGAGCACUUUUCGCUUAAUCUUUCAAUGCUCCUGCAGUGGUCUCCUUAUAAAACAAAAACCGAGUUGAUGAAACAAUUCGAUGACAUAGGACAACAUGGCACAAAAGUUAUUAUCUACAAUCUCUGGUUCACCGAUGAUGGGGAAAUGGAACUUGAUUUUGAGGCGGAUGUGGAGGAUAUCCGAUUACCUGGAGCCCCAAAAGUGGCUAAACAAGGCAGUUUACAAGCUAUAGGCCAACAACAUAUCGCCAACCAGCUCCACUAUUCUCUUCGUGAGUACUUAUCUAUCCUAUAUCUGAGAGUACCUGAGCAUUUCAGAAUAAUUCUGCGUGGACAAGUUGUUAAACAUCACAAUAUUGCCGAUGAUCUUAAGCAUCCUGAGUUCAUCUUGUACAAACCUCAAAUAGGUCCAAAUUCGGAGGGUGUAGUAGUUACCACAAUAGGGUUCCUGAAGGAAGCUCCACAUGUGAACAUCCAUGGAUUCAGUGUUUACCAUAAAAACAGGCUUAUAAUGCCGUUUUGGCGUGUUCUCAGUCAGAACAACAGUAGGGGCAGGGGUGUAGUAGGUGUUCUGGAGGCAAAUUUUAUUGAACAUACUCACAACAAGCAAGAUUUUGAGAAGACUACAGUUUUUCAAAAGCUUGAAAUCCGUUUGAAAGAAAUGACCUUGGAGUACUGGGAUUUCCAUUGUGGAUUAAUUGGGUAUCAACAACUCAGGAAGAAGCCUCAGACACCAAAGCUUCCGAAAGCAUCUAAUGAAAAAAUAUCUAACAAAAUGAGUCGAUUUCCUACAUAUGAUAGUUCAAGAGUAGGUUCUGAAGGUGGUCUCUUUCAAGAUCAUGCGAUAUCCCCGUCUGCAUUUUCAGGAGGAAGACAAACAAAUAGUAUUGCCAACGAUCAACUUGGCACCGAACCAGAACUAUCGACGAAGAGGAAGGAACAUGAUCACGUCAUAGAACCAGAAACCAGGAGAAGGCAGGCAAGCUCAGCAGAAAAUGCAACUGAUAGCCCACUCCAUUCAGAUAAACAGCUUGCUAAUAACACUCACAAUGGGUUGCAAAGUGAAGAGGCCAAAAUCCUAAUUAAAGAAAACAAGAGGCUCCGUGAACAGUGCUUGGAGUUUGAGAAGAGCGAGGAAGAGCUUAAUUUCAAGGUAGAAGGUCUCAAAAAUGAACUAGAUAAAGUUGAGCUCGAGUACGAACAACUGUUGGCCGAAUCUAAACUGAUGGAUAUGUUAAAGGAGGAGAAAGUGUAAAUGGUAGUAGAAAUUUUUUUGUUCAUUUGUAACUUGGGGUUAAAUUUUAGUUUAGAUCCACGAUACCAAAGAAAAGAAGGAAAAGUCUCCUCAUGUCCAAAGAAAAGAAGGAAAAGUCUCCUCAUGUUUGGAGAUCUCGUAUCAUACUUGGAUUAGGAACCCCUCCUUCACGGUUGGUACAUAGGCAGUUGGGUCUUUACUCACCAAAUUUUGUUCGUCUGUAAAUGUGAAUAUUACUAAAUAUUCCGAAGAAAAGGAAAUAGUGUCAUUUUUAAAAAGCAGCUUCCCAAGGAACAUGUCCUCAUCUUUGUAAUCACAAAUGUAGGCAAGAUUCAGAAAGAUGUAUGGCAUUGUGUUGGAACAGUUUAGGUCCAAGCAUACUUGUUGGUCUUGGAUGUUGGUUGGUGUGGUAGUAAAACAGCUGAUCUCUUGGCUUAAGCUGCUCGCAAGUAUUUUUGUGGGAAAUGUUGGUAUUUUAGCUUCUUGUA